CCAGGAGGUGAGAUUGAUGGGUCAAAAGCAGAUAUAUUUGUAAUUUUGAUUGUUACUGCCAGAUUGCCCUCCACUGAGAUAGUAGAUAUUUUGCAUCAGUAAAUGAGACUACCUGUUUCCCUAUACCUUUGCCACUAGAGGUGUCAAACUCUAGAUUUUUGUCAAUCAGAUUUACAAGAAAUAGUUUCCUUAUGUACUAUUAUUUUGCAUUUGACCAUCUUUUCACAUAUGUAAGGGCCACCUUAUUUCUUUUUUAUUAAUUCUUUAUGUCCUUUGCUCCUUUUUUUCUGUUGGAUUUUUGGUCUUAUUUACUGAGAGAGCUUUCUGAAAUCAAGGAGAUUAGCCCUUUGUGAUAUGAAUUGCAAAUAUUAUCCCUAGGUUGUUAUUUGUCUUUUGAUCUUUGGUGUGGUCUUGUUUUUGCUUUUUGUCAUGUAGAAAGUUGUCUUUUGGUGGGGCUGUGUGUUUCAGUCAGUCCUUUCUUUUAUAAUUUUAAUAUCUUCUAGGGCUAGUCUCAUUUUUCUCUUCAGGAUUUCUAGGCCAUUCUUACUUAUCUCACUAUAUAAGCUUUAGAAAUACCUUGUCAGAACUAGUGGUUAUGGGAGGAUGGACUGUUACUUUUACUGUGACCUCAUUAUAUUUUUAAAUUAAGUUACUGAGUCUUAAGAUAGUGAGUCUUUCUAUCCAAGAAAACACUAUGCCUUUCCAUUUGUUCAGGAUUGCCUUUGUUUACUUCAGGAGUGUUUUAAAGUUUUCCUCACAUAAAAUUUGCACAUUUCUUAUUAUCAUUCCUGGAUAUGUCCUCUCUCUCUUUUUUCCCUAUUAAAUGGGUUUAUAGAUUCUAACUGGUUAUUGUUUAUGUACAUGAAGGCAUUUAAUUUCUGUAUAGUAACUUUUUUCUCUCUGCCUUAUUGAAUUUCAUUAACUUUUCAAGUGAUUUCCUUGCAGUUUCUAGGUUAUAAUGAUUUCAUCUAUGAUAGUGAUAGGUUUACGUCUUCCUUUGGAUUUUUAUACCUCUAAUAUUUUUUAUCAGAUUAUAUUGACUAAUUAGAUAGGACAGUGUUAACCAUUAGAGAAUAGUGGGCAUCCUCUUUUUAUUCCUUACUUUAGAAGGAAUGCUUCCAGUGUUUCUGCAUUAAAUACGUAUAUGUAUGUAUAUGUUUAGGAGCAUCUGUUGGUUCCUAUUUUGUUGAGUACUUUUAAUCAAGAAUGGAUGUUGAAUUUUGUCAGAUGUCUUUUAGUGGCUAUGGAGCUGAUGAUAUGAUAUUUCUCUUCUUUUUUAACAAACACUGAACUAAACUUGUGGUUUUGGAUUAUUUUAAUGUGAUGCUGGAAUCUGUUUUUUAAUGCUUUACCUUUUUAAUCAAAUUGCAAAAAGUAAGAUCUGAUCUGCAAUCUUCUCUUUUUUUAUGCAGUCUUUUUCAAGUUUUGGUAUUAAUAUUUUAUUUCAUAAAGAAUUUAGAAGUUUCCCAUUUUCUAAAAUGUACAACAGUUUUUAAAUAGUAUUGAAAUUAUCAGCUCUUUUAAGAUUUGGUAGAAUUCCCCUGUAAAAUCUUGUGGCCUGGUGUGUUUUGUUUUGUUUGGUGGGUAGCUCUUUUAAAUCUUUCAUUUAUUUUGUGAAAAAUCAGUCUGUUUAGAAAUAUAUAUUUUAUCUAUAUCUAAUGUAUCUUUACUAAGUAGUUCCUUUUUUUUUUUUUUCAGUUUUGUCUACUUCUGUGGUUUAUCCCCAUAGUUUCUUUUUUAUAUUUGUGCUUUGUUCUUUUUACUCUUAAUUAGGAGAGGUAGUAGUUUAAUCAGCGGGUUCUCCCCACCUCCCCCCACCACCUCCCCCCACCAAAGAGCUUUUGAAUUUUUUUCAUAGUUCUCUGGCUUUCUGUUUUCUGACUCCUUAAUUUCUCUUUUUAGCUUUAUAAAUUUUUUCUUCCACUUUUCUUCAGUUAAUUUAGUUGUUUUUCCUUCCUUUUUGAACUAUAUUAGUAACAUUUAAUUUCAUUUCUUCUUAUUAAAAAAAGUAUUUAAAAAAAUUAUUUCGGGAAUUCUUUGGUGGUCCAAUGGUUGGGACUCCACACUUUCACUGCUGAGGGCGUGGGUUCAAUCCCUGGUUGGGAAACUAAGAUCCUGCAGGCCGUGUGGCAUGGCCAAAAAUAAAAACAAACAAAAACCAAAAAGAACAGUUAUUUUUCUUCUUAUCACUGUUUUAGCUAUGUUCCAAAGCUUCUAAUACCUAGUUUUUUAUUAUAUCAUUUUCUCAAAACACCACAGAUUUCAUUUGUAUUUCCCAUAUUAUCCAAAUGUUGUUUGAGAGACUUUUUAAAUUUUCAGAUUGAAGAUCUUUUUAUUUUCUGAUUGUGUUAUAAAUUUCUAGUUUCAUUUUGCUGUUAAUCAGAAAAUGUGGUUUGUAUUUCUAUUUUUAGAAUUUGUUGAGGUUUUUUUUUUUUUUUUUUAGUAACCUAAUAUAUGGUCAGAUUUUGUGAAUGAAAGUUCAAUAGCUAUUUGAAAAUAAGAUAUAAUCAAUUUUUAGGAUAGAGUUAAAUGAAUAUUCAUCAGCACUUCAAUUUUGAUUAUGUUGUUUAGAUCAUCUAUUUCCUUAUUUAUUUUUGUUUACUUGUCUCAGAUGGGAGAAAUAAAUUUAAAUUUCCUAUUGUGUUUCUAUUUCUUCUUAUAUUUCCACUUUCAUGAUGUUGCUGCUAUAGUAUUGGGAGCAUAUGUACACCUAUCUGUAUUCUUCAUUGAUUUAUACCCUUUACAAUGAUAAAGUGACUUUUUUUGUACUUUUGGGCCAAAAGUCUACAUUGUCUAACAAAAGGAUUAUAAUCCAUGUGGUAUGUUUUCUGUGCUUUUUAAAUGCUAGUUCUGUUAUUAGGAAAGAUUUUUUUUUUUUUCUCAUCAGUGGUUACUUUCAUAUAAUAAUCAUCUUUCCCUCUCUUUAAAACAGUAUCUUUUGCUUUCCUUAAUCAAUAACAUUUAUAUUAGCUUUAUUCUUUUCCUUCCCUUCUUUCCUCCCUCUCCUUUUUUAACUAGUUUUAGCCAAUAUAGCAUUAUUUUAUUGUUGUUACGAUUUUGCUUAAAUUUAUACUACUUGACUUUCAACUUUGACUCCUGUCUAUUACUGUAAAGUGAAAUCAGUGAGUUUAUGCUACUUUUUAUGAUUUUUCUGUUAUUCAUUUAUUUGUAUAUAUUACUGUUCAGUGUUUUUUGAUCAUGUUAACAGUUACAUUCCAUUCUGUCACCUGUAUAUUCAUUCGUUUUCAUCUUAAAUCUACAGUUAUAUGUGUUGGUGCUAACUGCAAGUCCUUUUGCUAAAAUUUUUCCUGUCAUCUCUUGGUUGCAGCUUGUCCUCAAGUUGUUACUUCAGGAAGGGCUCAUAUGAGUAAGAGCUGAGUUUUUGCAUAUUGAAAACCAUUUGUCUAUAGCCUUAUUCCUGAAGGACUGCUUGGCUAGACAUAAAAUGAUUGAACCACACUUUUUUUUCAUUCAAUUUUUUCUUAUUGAAGUAUAGCUGAUUUCCAUGUUGUGGCAGUCUCUGCUGCACAGCAAAGUGACUCAGUUCUACACGUAGAGACAUGCUUUUUUUUUUAAUAUUCUUUUCCAUUAUGGUUUAUCUGAAUGACACUUUCUUGAGUUUCUUAAAGGUAUUUUCCCACUGUCUUCUCACAGUGAAUGUUCAAUAGAGAAAUAUGAUGUCAGCAGAUUUUCUUUUCCCUAGUAGGGACCUGCUUUUUUUGUCUGGUUGCUGAAAAUAUUUUUUACAAUUAUUUUACUAGAUUUUUUUCUCAGUGUUGAGCAUUUUGGGUCAGUUUUAUUUAAAACAUGGGAUUCCCUUUGAAAAUGUAGGUUCAACUCUUUUAUCUUUUUUUUAAUCUGUCAUUUUAUUUUCUUUUAAAAAAAAUUCCAUCCUACUUGCUCCUUACUGUGCCUUUUGUGAUAUAAUUUUUACCAUUUGCUCAGUCUUCAUUUUUUGAAUUUGAAAAAGUCUUUUUCUUCCAUUUCUUUCAUGAGUUCUCAGUGCUUAUUUCAUCUUCUCUUAACUGUUUGUCUUUCCCCUUAGUUCUUAAAUUUCUGCUCUGAGAUCUUUUUUCAUAGCUGCAUUAAGAAGGUUUGAAUUCAUGUUAAAAAGUAGUGUUAUAAUUUUUUAUCUACUUCGUGGUGGUAUUUUCUGUUGAGUUUUCUUUGUCAGGGAUGUUGUGCUGCUUUUUUACAUUUUUUAAAUGGUAUUCUUGUAUGGAUACUUAUCACUUUUGUUAUUCGUAUUUGAAUGAGAUGAGUUUUCCCAAACCACCUAUUAGAAGAGACUGGAGUGGGAGAGGGAGGUGGGACAGGACAUUAGGAGCAAGGUGGUUUUCCAGGUUUCUCUGCUCAAGGCCUCUGUCCUCUGUUGUUCUGAUGGGUUCUUUCUUCAAAAUAAAUCACAUCUCUUUUGCCUCUGAGUAAUAUAUGUUUAAGGAGUUUCUGCUACCAGGGGAAUUCAGCUCCUGCCUUUUUUUUUUGGCGGUAUGUAGGCCUCUCACUGUUGUGGCCUCUCCCAUUGUGGAGCACAGGCUCCAGACACGCAGGCUCAGCGGCCAUGGCUCACGGGCCCAGCCGCUCCACGGCAUGUGGGAUCUUCCCGGACCGGGGCACGAACCCGUGUCCCCUGCAUCGGUAGGCGGACUCUCAACCACUGUGCCACCAGGGAAGCCCAACUCCUGCCUUUGAAAUUGCCUGCUCAAACAUUAGCAAUUAGAGAAUUUGUGAAGAGUACAUGGUAGUUCAUUGUACUAUUCUUUUAACUUUUCUCCAAGUUUGACAUUACGGAGGAAAAAUGCAAGCCUUGGUUUUAGAAGGGUAAUCCUAUCUGAGCUCUGUCACUUCUAGUUCACCCUCUACUCACUCUCAUGACACUUUCUACACCUCCUUUCUCUACUUCCUUCUGAGAUUUCCCCCAUUCAAUCUCAGAACUAAACAUUGCAGUUCCCACUUAGGGUAGGACCCUCUCUCUCUGGAGUGAAAAUUUACUCUUGCCCCACUAGGCUUUCUUUCAUCUUUCAUGUCUUUCUCCCUUGCAUAGGUUCUACUAGUCCCAAGUACUUUGGGCCAUAUUUACUUACAAUCUGGCAUUUUCAGGUUUUUAUUGUCUCCUAGGUUCAUUGAAGAUGUAGGAUGUUUUUUCCUUUUCUUUUCUCUCUUUUUUACAUUAUCUUUGUUGCUCUGUAUCGAGUUCUAGGAGGAAAGUGGGAAAUUUUGGAAAUAAAUUGCUGCUAUUUUCCUACUGGAACUUAAAGUUCAGCUUUGGAUAUUACUAAAAAAUAAUUUCUAAAUAACCCAUUGGUUGAAGAAAUCACAAAUUUUAAAUAUUUUGAACUGAAGAGUAUUGAAAAUAGUACAUAUCAGAAUUGGUAUGAUUAGCUAAAGCAAUGCUUAGAGAGAAUUUAAAACCUUAAAUGCCUAUUAGAAAAGAAGAAAAGCAUCAAUUACCUAUACAUUCAUCUUAAUAAGUUAGAAAAAUAACAUAAUUAAAUGCAAAGAAAAAUAGAAGGAAAUAAGAGUUAAAAACAGAAAAUAAUGAAAUAGAAAACAAAUUUACCUCUAUCCUGUAGGUAGGAAGACUUCAAAAGUUUUCAAGAAGGAUAGUGACAUGAUCAUAUUUGUUUUCCAGAAAGAGACCUCUGGCAGCAGUGUGGAGAAUAGAUAGAGGAGAAAAAAACUAAUCUGAGAAGCCAGUUAGGAGGCUUUUUCAAUCACUAGUUCAGGUAAGAGAUGGUGAUGGUCUAAUGUGGGAUGGAGAGGAAGGAACAUAUUACAAAGAUUAAGUUGAAAAAAUAGGUUUAAAAACCAUGUCCAGAAAAAAACUCUGGGUAUAGUUACUGGUACAUGGAACUGAUUGGAAAUGAAGAGACCAGAAGGUUUACUAGGUUUUUGAAGGAAAUGGUUUUUGGAAGUAAAGCUACAAUCUUAGUGUAUUAGGUUCAACCAGAGAAGCAGAACCAGUAGGAGACACAGAGAGAGAGACAGCGAUUGGGCUUACACAGUUGUAGGGGCUAGCUAGUCAAGUCUGAAAUCCUUAGGGUAGGCUAUCAGGAAGGGCAGGCUAGAACACAUGGGUAUGGGCUGUAGCUGCUGUCCAUAGGUGGAAUUUCUUCUCUCUCUUGGGGAUACCUCAGCCCGUUUUUAAGGCCUUUCAACUGACUAAAUGAGGCCAACUCAGAUUAUCCAGGAUAAUAUCCCUUUAAUUACAUCUAUAAAAUAUCUUCACAGCAAUACCUAGAUUAGUGUUUGAUUGAAUAACUGACAAGUAGUAGCCUAGCCAAAUUGACAUAUUAAAAAUAAAAAAACAAAACCCCAUACCUGGCCUACAGAAUUCUAUGAUUAUUCAGUCUUUGAAACAACCUUCAUAUUCCCAAACCUUCAGUGACUGUGCUAGCUAACUGUGCUGGCUUUUAUAAACUAGCUUUCAAGAAGGGCAUACUCACCAACAUACAUUCAGAAUAGUGACUCAUUCAUACCAGGUAUGAAUGAUAAUACUGAAUAUGGGAGGUAGGUCUGCUGUUGCUGGUUAGCUGGCAGUAUAUACCAUGUAUAAAUAUGUCAAAUGUAAAUAUGUCUAAAGCUUGAGGAUUCUAUGGAACAUAUGGACAGAGUCAUCUAGUAUGUAGUUGGAAAUGCAGAUGUGAAAAUCUGUAGUGGUGUGAGCUAAAAGUAAAAGUUUUGGGACUCCUUAGUAUAUAAAUCCAUAUUUGAAACUCUGAAAAUGGAAAAACUUUAGAAAUAGUAUUUAGAUUGAAAACAGGAAUGAAAAGGAUAGAGCCAUGGAGAAUACUAGCAUUUAAGGAAGAGGAACCAGUGAGCAAUUAAUGAUUAUCACAGGCAGUAUGAGAGCCAAGAAAUGGUGUCAAGGAAGCCAAGGGAGGAAACAUAUUCAGAGAGUAGAUUUUACAGUUAAGCAGCGGAGCUUUUCCAGUAAAAUCAAGAGUAAGACAAGGAUGUCAGUACUAUGAUAUUUAGUCACUAUUGUGUUUGCUAACUUCUGUUCUUCUUACAGGUUUCAGUCUACAUGUUACUUCCUUGAGAAGCAGUAUUUGACACCCUUCUUGCCCCCCAUCCAGCCAUUCCCCCAAGUCUGAUUUCUGCCACUGCCUUCUACAAAGCACAACCUGUAAUUCAGUUCAUGUGUGAAGUUCUUGACAUUCAUAAUAUUGAUGAGCAGCCAAGACCUCUGACUGAUUCUCAUCGGGUAAAAUUCACCAAAGAGAUAAAAGGUCUGAAGGUUGAAGUGACUCAUUGUGGAACAAUGAGACGGAAAUACCGUGUUUGUAAUGUAACAAGAAGGCCUGCCAGUCAUCAAACCUUUCCUUUACAGUUAGAAAAUGGCCAAACUGUGGAGAGAACAGUAGCACAGUAUUUCAGAGAAAAGUAUACUCUUCAGCUGAAGUACCCACACCUUCCCUGUCUGCAAGUGGGGCAGGAGCAGAAACAUACCUAUCUGCCACUAGAAGUCUGUAAUAUUGUGGCAGGGCAACGAUGUAUCAAGAAGCUAACGGACAAUCAAACCUCCACUAUGAUCAAAGCAACAGCAAGAUCUGCACCAGAUAGACAAGAGGAAAUUAGCAGAUUGGUAAGAAGUGCAAAUUAUGAAACAGAUCCAUUUGUUCAGGAGUUUCAAUUUAAAGUUCGGGAUGAAAUGGCCCACGUAACCGGACGCGUACUUCCAGCACCUAUGCUCCAGUAUGGUGGCCGGAAUCGGACAGUAGCAACACCAAGCCAUGGAGUAUGGGACAUGCGAGGGAAACAGUUCCACACAGGAGUUGAAAUCAAAAUGUGGGCUAUAGCUUGUUUUGCCACACAGAGGCAGUGCAGAGAAGAAAUAUUGAAGGGUUUCACGGACCAGCUGCGUAAGAUUUCUAAAGAUGCAGGGAUGCCCAUCCAGGGCCAGCCUUGCUUCUGCAAAUACGCACAGGGGGCAGACAGCGUGGAGCCCAUGUUCCGGCAUCUCAAGAACACGUACUCUGGGCUACAGCUCAUUAUUGUCAUCCUGCCAGGGAAGACACCAGUGUAUGCGGAGGUGAAACGUGUUGGAGAUACACUUUUGGGUAUGGCUACACAGUGUGUUCAAGUCAAGAAUGUAAUAAAAACAUCCCCUCAAACUCUCUCAAACCUGUGCCUAAAGAUAAAUGUUAAACUUGGAGGGAUCAAUAAUAUUCUUGUACCUCAUCAAAGACCUUCUGUGUUCCAGCAACCAGUGAUCUUUUUGGGAGCAGAUGUCACUCAUCCACCAGCUGGUGAUGGGAAGAAGCCUUCUAUUGCUGCUGUUGUAGGUAGUAUGGAUGCCCACCCAAGCAGAUACUGUGCUACAGUAAGAGUUCAGAGACCCCGACAGGAGAUCAUCCAGGACCUUGCCUCCAUGGUCCGAGAACUUCUCAUUCAGUUUUAUAAGUCAACUCGGUUCAAACCUACUCGUAUCAUCUUUUAUCGGGAUGGUGUUUCAGAGGGACAGUUUAGGCAGGUAUUAUAUUAUGAACUACUAGCAAUUCGAGAAGCCUGCAUCAGUUUGGAGAAAGACUAUCAACCUGGAAUAACUUACAUUGUAGUUCAGAAGAGACAUCACACUCGAUUAUUUUGUGCUGAUAGGACUGAAAGGGUCGGAAGAAGUGGCAAUAUCCCAGCUGGAACAACAGUUGAUACAGACAUUACACACCCAUAUGAGUUUGAUUUUUACCUCUGUAGCCAUGCUGGAAUACAGGGUACCAGCCGUCCUUCACACUAUCAUGUUUUAUGGGAUGAUAACUGCUUUACUGCAGAUGAACUUCAACUGCUAACUUACCAGCUCUGCCACACUUACGUGCGCUGCACACGAUCUGUUUCUAUACCUGCACCAGCGUAUUAUGCUCACCUGGUAGCAUUUAGAGCCAGAUAUCAUCUUGUGGACAAAGAACAUGACAGUGCUGAAGGAAGUCACGUUUCAGGACAGAGCAAUGGACGAGAUCCACAAGCUCUUGCCAAGGCUGUACAGAUUCACCAAGAUACCUUACGCACAAUGUACUUUGCUUAAAAAGUCUAAGAAUAUUCUCUGAGAGGAAGAACUGGAAGAUGAAUCAACAUACAACUUAUGUUUCCAGUGGAGUCAGCUGAGUGGGGAUGCCUCCAGCCAUACAGAAACCAACACUGUGUGGGGGCCAGGGUAUGAUCUUUAUGUUGAUACAAGGAAGAUUGUUUACUUCAUCAAGGAACACAGCACCAUUAUGCAAUAUGAAACCAGCCAACUGCUUUUUUGUGCGGUCUCCUGUAGGAAGUAUCGCGAUCAUUUAGUUUUCACUUUCUUGUAGUCUAACCCUUUUAAUGCCUUUACCUCAAGUUGCUUGGCAGCACAACUCUUUGCAAAAAAAAAAAGUAAAGAAAAAGUAAAUGAUGGUUUUUUAAAAAACACACCUAUAUGAAUAAUCAAAGUGAUUGUUCACAAUUAUGUGUGCAAAAAAUGUGCAUUCAUGUAUUCUUGUAAAAGUUAUCUGUAUAUUUUACUUAUAUACAUGCAUACUGCAUAUGCAUAUAUAUCUGUAUCUACACUGAUAAUAGAUAUAUAUGUAUCUCUGUAUAUAUUUUAUAGCUCAUUCCAUUGGGGAACUUUCUUUCCCUUUUAUUAUCCUCCCACCACCACUAUGAUUUCUCUCUCUACCGCCCUUGCCUUCAUCACCUACAUUUGUUUUUCCCUGAUGCUACCAGUAACAUUCAGAUGUUCAUGUAUCUGGUUCAUUUGAAUAUGAAGCAUGGCAAACUAGAUUUUUAUUUUGCACGCCCUACUCCUGUCUUGUCUCAUACAUAAUUCUGAGUCCUCAACUCUUGGUAUUGCUUUCUUAAGAAACUAUAUAUAUAUAUACACACAUAUAUAUAUAAAAAAUAUGUUUUUGUGAGAGUGAAUGUCUGCCCCCUCCUGCUCUCAACUUACAUUUGCCAUUUGUGCAAUGUGUACAUAAGCAGUAGCAACCUAAACUAUUCUUUUUCUCUAGUGAGUUUGUUAAAGCUGCUAUAAAUAUAUAAAAAAAAAAACACACAACUUUGUCAGAAGUUGUAACUCUAUAUAUAAGCGAUAUGUAUUCUAAAGUCUUCUGUUUCUAUGUGUUAUACAUGGAAAUCCCUUAAAACUUUUACAAAGGGUAAAUAUUUUAAAUGAUUGGAACUGUGUAGGGUUGAGGCCUCUGAAAUUGGGUGGAGAGAAGGGAUUGUGGAGGGUUUUUUUGGUUUUUUUUUUACUAGUUUAUUUGCUGCCUCUCAUACCUUAAUGUGAUUUUCAUAUAUAUAUAUUUUUAUAUAUAUGUGUGUUGUAUAUAUAUAAACAUAUAUGUAUGUGUUUUGAAGUAUAGCUUCCUUUUCUUUUAUAUUUAUUAGAAUAGUGCUUUAAUAAUUAUAGAAUCAUAUUGGCAACAUCUUUUAUAGAAAUAUAAUCAUGUUUAUUUUAAGAACUGACAACUUGUUUUUGCUCUCUUUUAGUGCAAUAAGCAGUUUUAAAAGAAAGCUGUGUCUGUUUGACAUCUUUACCACAGAUAGUGGGAGAAACAGGCACCUCCAUAAUUUUAAAAGGGCAAAGUAUAUAGCCUUAAUUUCAGAAGGAAAGUUUUGUAAUUUUCAAGUUUAAAGCAUGUCUUAUAAAAAUCAUAAUGAAAAUGAAGGAAGUUAAAUUUCCUAAAUGAGUGUUGACCUUGAAUAUUAGAAAUAAAGUUGAAGAACUUUGAUUUAAGUAAUGACAGCAACUAGCUUUAGAUUUAGAAGAUAUUUAAAUUCUUUGAAAAUAAAUCAUGUUUAUUGAAGAAUCAUACUGGUAAGGUGCCCAUUUUCACUUACUAACAUGAGUCAGGAAAAUAUAAAAUGAUAUUUUAAAAACUUUUUUUGCUAAUUCAUCACCAGUGUAACUUUCCUUUUAAAAUUAGGGUGAUGGUGACAAAGGAAGUUAGGACUUUGAGCAUUUGAAAUUAGUUAAAUCACUGAAAUGUUGAAAAAAGUUUUGCAAAACUUUUGUUUUAUUGACUUCACUUUAAGAUAUUAAAAAAUACUAUAAAGCUGUCAAAACCAAGUUUAUCAGUAACCUUGGAUUCAGGGGAGCUUUGCACUUUGUAACUCAUGAAAAUAGCAUUUUAAUUUUUUUUUUUUUUUUGCACUGGUUCAGAGUAUAGAUAUUACAGAUUGUUUCCAGUGGGCAUUGUUGUUAACCUUUCAGAAUUCCAUCUGCACAUGAAAACAAAUGGAUUAGCUCUUUAGUUCUCUCUUACCUAUAAUCCACACUUAUUGCCAAUUUACUGUAUUUUGAGCCUAAAAUCUGAGCCCAUAUCCUCCAACAGGUAUGAAAUCUUUUGUCCCUCUGCCAGAAAACUAAGAAAGUACUGUAUUUUGUAUGUUUAUUAUAUUGAAGUGUAUGAAAUGCAAUUUACAACACUGUUUUAAAGCUCUUUACAUAAGGUAAUGUUUGUGUAGUGUAUACAUUUUUCUCCCAACCCUCCCCCCUCCUCCAAAAAAUUUCUAUAAAGAGUGUAUUUUUUUUACAUUGAAAUUUCACUGAAUAUAGGCAAGAACAUAGGCAAGAGAAGAAAAUAGUAUAUCCUAGGUGGUAAAAACCUGAUGGCGUAUGUUUGCUCAGUAUGAGUAAAACAUCUUCCUUUAUCAGUGGGAGCUGUACAGAUUGAUGUGGAAAACUUUAGAGCCCAGGGAAGAACUGUAGAUAACCUUUCCCUAUUUACCUGCUUUACCUAAUUUUCAGUCACUUAAUCUCACAUGUGCUAAAGUAAAGCCUAUAAUUUAAAACUAUUUAGAAGGACUUUUACAAAGGAAAAAAAAAUUUUUUUUAAUAUAAAGCUUUACAUUUGAAGUGAGUUCUUUUUAGGGUGCUCUUAGAGUUUCAACAUUGCUAGUUUAAAGUUGGUUAACUUGAAAGAAUAUGUAUAGUAUAUUCUAUUUUGCUUACUAACAAAUUGGUAUAUCAAACUUAAUUAUAAGAAACUUUGUGCUUAGAACUUUAAGGUAAAUACUAAGUGGCAAAUAUUUUUUGAAAUUUGUUUCGUUAUUAUACUUCUGGUGUAGAAUUGCUGAUCUUUUUUUAUUUAAAAAAAAAAAAAAAGGUUGUUUUGAGUUUAAUGGUCAUGAAACUCAACAGUGACCUUUCUGUUCCUGCCCUUGCUCACUAACUAUACAGUGAAUGCUAAAUUUCUGUCUGCUGUUUUCUGUGAUGUAAGAGUGACUUUAAAAUGUCAGUCCCAGCAACUGGUAUAAUAGAUUUUCAUGUGAAGCAGAAUUGGGAGUUUAAUGUAUAUUCUGGAUGGCAAAUGUGUAAAGUGCUGAUACAUGUUUUAUAUUACAGUAUCAAGUUACUGGCAUUGAGGACCAUGCAUUUAUAAUACCGUAGCUGCUAUAUUUAUUUAAUGAAGUAGAGUCUGACAGUUACUGCACUUAACAGUAAGGAAAUGAGCAGGAUUCAAGGCUAGUGUUAGACUUUUUUUUUUUUUCCUAAAUAAGAUUUAAGAACAUGAAAUAUCAAGGUAACAAAGGGUGCUGCCAAUUUAGUUUCAAUUUAAUAUCAGGAUACUCUUUCUUUGUUUUAGAAAUGUGGAUUUUUACUUUAGCAGUUUUGGAAAAGGGUACCUCAGCCUCCUCAGUACUGGUUUUUAGCAUAUUUUUUACAGGAGUACAGGUGCCCUUUAUUUUUUUCUUAAUAUUUACCUUUAAACAAGUUUCUCAGAAAAAGUACUCUGUGGAAAUCUUCCUGUUUGUAACCUAUUAAUUUAUUUAUCUUCCUACAAGAGAGUCUAGGUGGGAUUCUAGUAGGAAUGUACUGGGUGUUUUAGAAGGCACUUGAUAAAGAUUCAUCUCUACUUUCUAGCAUGGAGACUUCUAGCCCUCUAAACACCUAUACUGGUUUUCCAAACUAGGUUCUCUGAUGACCCACCACUGCCUAAAGUUUACUUAUAUAUUCUCUAAUGGAUUUUAGUAUGACAGACCUCAUGACAGGCUUAGUCAUGACAGACUUAAAGUAUGACUAAGGAGAUAGAAGCUGAGUUGCCAUUCAGUAAAAAUGGCUGGCAGAGGAUCUCAAUGUUUAAGGACAAGGUGAACACUCAGAGUGCCAGUAAUCAGUCUGAAGGAUCUAUUAUUGAUGGAUUAUAGACCAGGAAUUAGAGACUCUUAUUCAAGGAAUUUGGUGGGUGUUUGAUUCAGAGGCCAACAUGAAUUUGCCAUGGGUGGUGAUUUUUAUGAAAUCUGUGAAGCUAGCCACUUGGAUUCAGCUAGAAUAUUUUGUAGUCUUGCUGUUAAAACUUGAUAGUGAUGUUUUGCCAAGAAGCUUAACUGACAGCUCGGCAUAAAUUUUAUUCAAUAUCAUUAAACCUGGGUUAAAUAUUUAUUUAACUCAUCCUCUUAGAUGUUCUCCUACUGAAUAGUUUUUAAAGACAAGUUGCCCCUAACAGUAACUUGCUACUUAAAUUAUCUUUUAUGAGUUAUCAGUCAAGCUGCGAAAGGACACCAUUGAACUGGCAUCUUUAUUUUGGCUUUUUUAAUCCUUUUCAUUCUUUUUGAGAAUUCAUGGAUGUCUUAAAGCUUCAAUAAUAAUACCUGGGAGACUUUAUCAAGUGAGGCCUUUGUGAGUGGCAGUAUAACCCUGACUCUAAAGUCUGUCUUCAUUUUCCUUUUUCCCUCUCAUUUGAUCAUAUAAAGCACUUUGUAAUUCUACAGGAGUCGAAAAACAAGCCAAGAAUAAUGUGUAAAAUCAGUACAUAGAUGUGAAAGUCAGAAUUUUCUCCAAAAAAUCUUUUUUAAAAAAUUUCCUGCUUAUACUAAGAACAUUUUUGAUCGGUGGCAAUAUUGGAAAUGAUGCUGUGAUUAGUGAAACCUAAGCUGACUCCCAGGAAGAAAAAUUCAGUCUCUCUCUCGCUCUCUGUGUGUGUGUGUGUGUGUGUGUAUAUAUAUAUAUAUAUAUAUAUAUAUAUAUAUAUAUAGCCUCAAAGGGAAAAAUAUUUUUAACUUUUUCCUACUUUUAAAAGUGGUACAUUUCAGUUUAUAAUUUUCCAUGUUGGUCAAAAUUAUUUCUUUUAACUAAGAUAUAAUGGUCAAGGCUUAUGCUAAUAUUAUCUACUGCUAGUUCAAUUUUAUUUUUCUUUACCCAUCAAAGAUAGUGCUCUAUAUUUUUACAUCGUUGUAAGAAUCUUUUGCUCUUAAAGUACGGAAGUUAAAGAUUUUAAUUUGAUUUAAAGAUAGAAGUUUAAUAAAUUUCAUAUGGAGGGUUGAGAUUUACCAAUGAGAAGCCCUAUUAAAAUAUCAGGUAGCCAACAGUGUGACAAAAUUAAGAUGCUAUCAAAUCAUCUAUCUGGCCAUUGGUCUCCCUUCCUUUUUGAAAUCAAUGUCUUAGGUAACCAAACUCUAAUGUUGUGUCCAUGUUAGCGUGUCAGUAAAGCAGAGAUGUUCUUCAGGGUAGACAAUGAAUUAAAUUUUUAAAUCAUUUUUUAAAGCAAGGCGGUUCUUAGAAAGUGCCUUUUCAGAAGAUGGUGCUGUAGAUUUUUAUUUUUCAAAUAGCAUGAGGCUAAAAAUUUGAAAGAUAAAUUAUUUUAGAAUUCCAAGAGUAUGACCGUUUCAUAUAAAUAAUGUUAUUUGUUGUUCUGAAUCUGGUCCAAGGGAACCAAGUAAAGCUUUUAUUCAGUAAAGUAUCUAAGUAAAUGCUCACCAAAUAUAUUUUGUAAGUUUAAAAACACAGUUUUUAACAGAAUUAACCCUUUCAGUUCUCAGCUGUGUUGCAGGUAUUAUAUAAGGCAUAUAAAACAGCAAGUUUGCUUAACUUUUUAACAAGAGUAUGGAUAUAGUAGUAAGUGCCCGAAGGCAAAGGUAACUUGCCAGAAAUUAUGUCAUAGGCUACGUUUUCCCCCCCAGCAUAUUGACCCUUUUGUAAAUAUCUACUGGCAGCCUUUUCUAAUUAAUCUUUAUUAAAGAAGACUGCUUAUAAAGAUGGAGCCAAGUCAUCAUGGAAAUCAGUGUAAGAGAAGUAAAAUGAUUCUCUAUCUUUAGGGAAAUUUUUUCUUUUUCAGGCAGCAAGAAAUAUUCUAAAUGUUUCCCUCUUUUUUCUAGCAUAGGUGAAAAAUGAUGACAGUGCAUCUAUAUGAUCAAUUAAUUAGAAAUAGAACAGGUAAAAUUGGGCUUUGGAGGAAAUAAGUAAGAGGGAGGAUAAUAGCAGGACUAUUCAUACUGGUUGGUAAUUUGGUAAUCUACCAGAAAGCGAUUUUCCCCUGAACUAGGAAGUAGUAAACAGCAGUAAAUGAUCACCUAACCAGUUCUUGCUUGUGAAUUUGGUGAGCACUCUUCCAGAAAAUAGACUUAAAAACACACAAAAAAACACACCUCAGUAACCUUGUAUGCUGCAUUAUGUAAUAAUGAUAGUAAAAUUAUAUUGAUUGUUUGGAGUGUACUAUGUCUGUCUGCAAAUACACAUGCACAUUAAACUUUUUCAUUUUUUAUAAUGUCAUAAUAGCAAUUACGAGUUUAUUUUUUUAAUAUUAAUUUUUCUAUUGUGAUGUUUAUAUUUAUUGGCAAUUUGUGCGCAACUUUUAUAUUUUGCUUAGAUAUUGGUUUUAAGGUAUUUUAUUUUUAUAGAUAUCUCUAGCUUUUCCUCUUUCUUUGUAAUAUUAGCAAAGAUUAAGAUGGAAUGUUAAUAUGCCAACCAAACUACUAAUUCCAUAAAGUCUAGAGUUUGGAUUUUUACCAAUAAACCAUUAACACUAUUUUCUAACUUAGAAUACUUAAUGUUGUUUAUAUAGUGGGCAUUAAAGACAGUCUUUAGACAGAUUUCUAAACGUGGAGGGGAGGUGGGGCUUCUCUUUAGUUUUCUUUCCUUUAAGUAGAAAACUAAUACUGAUGGAUUGGAUUUAUUUUACCUGAUCUGCAGUUUUGGGGCAACUUGAUUGUUUACACUUCUUAUUUCUCACUUCAGCUACAUUGAAACUGCUUUAGGUGGAUACAUCAUCCAGCGUUAGGAUUGUGAUACCAUUCUCAUAGGCCUGGAAAACAAAGAGCAAAUGAUCCAGAAGUCAGUGAUAAUUGACUUUGAAAUGGGCUGCUCCAGCCCCCACCAUGAUUAUGUUGAGUGGAAGAUUUGCUACCCUGAUCUUUUCCCUAGCAUACCUUUAACGUUGAUUCAACCCUACCUUACUUUUAAAGUUGUUUCUUCUUCAUCAAUGAAGAAACAGAGUUUAAGUGGCUAGGUAGAAUCAGAGAUAAAGGCUAAUAUAGUAUUUCAGCUACUUAAAAAUUUAAGUAAUAAUUAUGAAUGUGAAUUAAUUGGAAGACAGUUAAAAGUAUGAUUAUAGAAAAUUAAUUUCAAGCAUAUGUGGUUACUCCAGUUUCCUAGUGAAUAGAUCAAGGUAAUUUGUAUUGACAUUAACUUUUUAUAAAGGUGCAUGAAAAAAGUGAAUUCUGUUAAACAGGUACAAUAUUUCCAUUGUGUUUUUACACAGUGAAUUUGCUUGGUAAGCCAUUUUUUUCUGUAAGAGAUUAAAAGAUAAACUUUAUCCCUCCUCUGAGCUUUAAAUGGGUUUAAUGUAUGACAUUUUGCCAUACUGCAUUCUUUCACUGAGAGGGGUAAAUGAGAAAGUUUCAAGUAACUAUAAUUGGAAAAGUAUUAUUUUUAUGUUAUGUGAAAUUUAACGAUUUAAAAUGAAUCAGCAUGUGAUUUCGUACAGACAUUAGCCAUAUCACUUUUUCCCCACGUUUUUGCCAGUUUCAGUAGGUUGAUACACACACACACACACACACACACACACACACACACACAGCUACUUCCUUACCCUACAUCAAGUAUUAAUUGAACGUUGGUAUUCUGAUUAUAGGAAUUUGUUGAUACUAAAAAACUAAAUAUGUUUCAAUCAGAUAUAUUUUUAUUGCAAAUAUAUGCUCCCCUCUUAAGGAUAUUUAUUGUAAUAAUUUUAAUAGUUUUAUUCAUUAUGCUUCAACAUUGUCCUAGAUUGACAGGCAUAUAAUUCUUGUAGAUCAAUAUUUUUAAGGCAGCUUUGAGUAGAAAUCAUCCUUUAUUUUCUUUUUUCCUUCCAAAAGCUCAUAGGAACCUGACACAUAGAGCUUAUUUUGCUCUUUUAACUGGUUGGCUCCAUAAAUCAGGGUACCUGGCAUCAGUAACUGAAUUACCACAGUGAAGUACUUGGUGACUUGUUCAAGUUUACAGUCAUCUCUUAGAACUGUCAUGAAUAGGCUUAUGUGAGUAGAAAACAGAUGGGAUUGUUGGUCAUUAGAACUUUAUUUUCUUUGCCUUUUUUUUUUUUUGGUUUUAUUAUUUCUAAAAAUUGACUGCAUGCACAUCUGUAAUUUUAUGUUUAAAGUUUAAGAGGCCAUGCCAGAAACUAGAGAGGGAGAUUACCCUGGUAUUUAAUGCCUAAAACUUUCCAUCUUCAUUUACUUCAUGGCUUUAGUUGGAAGAACAAACAAACAAAAAUCCUUUCAUUUGGCCCUUUAUUUUUAGAACCAAAGAAGGAAAGACUCUUUCUACAAAAAAUGUUUGCAGGUGUGAUAGGAGAUCUUUGUGAAGAAAUGGACUAGUGGGAUUGUAAGAGUAUGUAGUGAGGGGGUAAAUGAGGAAAAGGAAAAGGUUUCUUUGCCGGAAUCCUUGGAGAGAAACCUCAUAAUUGUUUGAUAUUUGUCUGGUUCUCACAGUCACAUUGUAAAAGAGGAACUGUUGCCAUUUGAACCUAGGAAGAGAGUCUCUGUAACCUAAAUUUAUUUUAUGUUGUUGUCCCAGAUCUAAAGCUGCAUCUAUUUUGAUUAGAGAAGUUGCUUCUGAAUAAAGAAACGAAGUAUUUAUCCUUAAAUAGAGCCAUGGCGUUGCUAUCAACACGGCUUCUCCAGCUUUUCCCUUUAUAUAGAAAACACAAAAUAGGACCUUUCCAGACAAGGUAGUCUUUCCUGUAAAGAAAAUAUUUUUUGAUAACAGAUUUGGGGGAAACACUGGUAGAUUGUAAUGAAGGGGGAAUUUUGCCUAAUAACAUGGACGGUCCAACCAGGUUAAUGGAUACAGUUUGAUCCCAGGGAGUUUAACAAGAGGAGCCUUUGGUAGCAGGUUAAACCUUUGGUUUUGGUAGCAACAGAUUUGGAUCUCCAGUGUUAACUGCAGAUAUCUCCCUGUUUCAUAGAAAGGGAAUGAUCUCAUAGUAUUGAUGAUGAUCCUGCAAAUGUGCCUGUGCUCUUUCUCUAAUUCAAAAAUCAGGACUAGCAAGCACUAACCAAAAUCUCCUAACACUUUGUCCUAUAAGAUUCUUUAAAAGUUUUCCAGGAGCUUUCUCCUUUCUUAGCCCAGGGUACAAUGCCUUGCUCCUCUUUAAAAAAGAAAAGAAAAAGGAUUUAGAGGCAGUUUAGAUAGAAUUCUACUAUGAGUAAAUAAUAGGGUCUUUAAAAUACUUGGGAAAGGAAGAUCACAUGCCGCAAUUUAUAGCUUGAUUGAGAGACUCUUUGAAUACUGUUUUUCAUGUUUGGGUUCUAAAGUUUUUUCUUUGACCUACCAUUCUUUGAUUUACUUGAGUGCCAUGAUUCUAUAUUGGGAUGAAAUCAGUGUUUUAUGCCAUUUAUGAAUUGUGCAGUUUUUCCCUCUCCACACCCUACACACACACACUGUUAAAAAUAAAAGGGGGAGGACUAAAAAAAAAGAGAGGUAAUGAGAAUCAUUAGAAUGUAACUUUAGUUAAUAUAGAUGGAAAGAAAUCCUAACUUGGCUAAAUGAGAAUUAAGACUGAAAGUGUUAGUGCUGCAGGUAUUAUCUCUAUCCAUAGAGGUUUUUGCUAGCUAUAGAGUGGUAAUAUGAACAGAAUAUAUACCUGAAAUAUGAUGUUACAGCAAAGUGAUAAAUUAUUCUUGAAAGUAAUAUUUCAAUCUUCUCUAACAGAGAUGCCCAUAUUCUUAAGGAAAAUGAAUGUAGCUCCUGGUUUUAAUGAAUCAGACUCUGAUUUAAACUUCAGAAGAUUUGUAACUUUUAUUCUGACACAUCUUCUUAAAUAUGUAAAAAUUACACUGAAUGAAUACUUAAGACUAUUCUUUCCUCUUAAUUUACAUAAUAAUUUUUUUCAGACCUUAGUUCUAUAGAUAUUGAUUUCUUUCUCACAUAUAUGCCUCUUGGUGUGUGCAGAAUUCCAUAUUAAAAGUUUUUUUAAACUCAUUUCCUAGUCAAACCUGAACUGUAAAGAAGGCAUAAAUAGGUUUAAAAUGCAGGAAAUUUUAGAAGAUCACAACUGGAAAAAGACUGUUGAGAACUUGUUGCCUUUGAGAGUAGAAAGGGCUCUAAAACUUGAACUGAGAUUUGGAGUUUAGUCAGAGCUCUACCACUAAUUUGCUCUGUGUCCAUAAGGCAAUUUCCUUAAUCUCUGUGUGCCUAGGUUCUUAUAAAAUGGUAGUGAUAAUAAUACCUGCCCUCACCUCCCUCACAAAGUAGUUGUAAGAAUAGGAUAAUGUUUGUGACAGUGCUUGAGUUCUCCAAAAGAAAAGCUAUUCAGAAGUUCAAGAUAAAAGAAUAUUGUUGUGUGAAGGGUUCAUUUCCAGUUUGCUUCUAUGAAAGUAUCUUUAGUUACCCUAGAUCAUUUUAUCAAACAAGUGUAAGAGAAACUGAGGCUUUAUCAUGGUAUGGUGUUCACCUACAAACGUAUUCUGUUCUGUUUCUCCCCUGCUGGAUAUUUAUUGCACAAGCUGAAUUUUUCUUUAUAAUAAUCUUUGGAAAAAGUGUAACUUCAAAAACCAAACUCCUUUUAGUGGUGCUAUGGCAGCUGUGAUUGUAUUUUGAGUUAGAUUAAUGUGGUGAAACCAUCAGAUAAUCAGAAAUUAACUUUGCCUUUUGCCUUCAGGCAUUUUUGCUACAGAUUGGCAUCAGAGGCUGUUGUACAACCAGAUAGUUAUCCCUUUGUUUCUUGCAGAUUUUUGGUACCUUUUUUUGGAAACUUUUUUUGGAGUAAGGGGUUAGGUUUUAAGAAGGAAAAGUGUGCUUAUUUCACUUACCACUUUGCAGAGUUGACCGUUGCUUUCCAAUCACCAUGUACCUGUAAAAAUUAAAAUAUAGUAAAAGGGUUUUUUCUUCAUUUAAAUUCAGUUCUGAGCAUCUGCAGGUGAUAUCAGGCAGCCUGUUGGUGUCUGACCCUGUUGGUAUCUUUAUGGAUUGUGGGCAGAACCUUACAUUUCUACAGGCUUACCCACUUUCCUGAGGGGAAGGGGCGCUUGUUUCUAGGAAAAAAACAAAGGGCACAUCACCACAGGUUGUGUAAGCAAUUCCUUGUUGAAACAGACAAGUUUGGUUUGUGUUUUGUUUUGUUUUAAGAAAUAAAAGGAUGCAUUUUAGGUACACAGGGUAUGAAUGCAUUCAACAUUUAUUUUUUUAUCUCUGUAGAUGCUGAUCUCCCCUUGUUGCAGGCAGUUUGGGCUUUUCCAGCUCAUCACUAACAUGGAUAAGAUCUAUCUUAGUUUUAUAGGAUAAUGAGAAUUACAAGUACUGAAAAGUUGGGGAGAUUCAUGCUUGGAAAAUGAACAAAAAAUCCACCUUGCUGGGUGAGAUAGCUGAGAACAUUGGAUAUAUCAGGAAUACUUUUAAACAAUUUUGCUGUAAUGUGUAGCUUUAAUAUCUGUCUUCAGUUAUGGACCCCAUGAAAGUAUUACUGUAUCUUGUGAAUAAAGAUCAUUCUUGUGAACUAGUAUAUGGAUGCAUUCAUAGGCUGUGGGAAGCAGUGAUGUGUGUAUGUGUGUGUGUGUGUGUGUGUGUGUAUAAAUAUUCUAUGUUUAUAACACUGUGUAUUACAUAAGUUUAUAUAGAAAAAAUAAUGUGUUUCUUUAGUGUUUGGGGGACUAAAAUUGUAAUAUAACCAUUCCAGUGUAAUCUGACCACUCAGUCUAGAGAACAUUUGUAUUACACACAAAUACACACCCCUAAAGCAUUGCUAACUGCUCCCACUUGAGAUAAUUGCUGCUUUUUUUUAAGCCCGAAGUAGUGGACAGGAAAUAGCACUCUUUUAAAAGGGGCUUUUCUGAAAAGUAAAAUGUAAAUGUAGGACAUGUGGGGAGGUGGGGCCUCCUGCAAAUGCCCUGCAGAUGGACAAAUAGCCUUUUAAAUUUUACUUUUUAACCAUCUUAACCGUGUGUGCCUAUUUGUACUGCAGAUGUGAAAUAUUUUGGGGAGUUAAUAUCAGUAUGUUUUGAAACUGAAUUAUUACAUAAAAUCAGAGUAACCUCUUUCUCCAUCCUCCUUUUCCACACUGACUCUUCUUGCCAAAUAUACCAAGUUUCAGCAUGGUAAAAUGAUGGACACUCAAACCUCCUUCCUCAUCUUCCCUAUCCUGUCUUACACCUGGUCUGGCCUUAUAUUUUUUGUUGGCUUUUCAUAAGUAAGAACAAUUUACUGUAGUACUUUAGAGACUGCAGAAUUUCAAAAUGUUUAUAAGCCUUCCUUUGUUAAUGUUUGGUUACACGAUAACAUUAGUUAAAACAAUGGAGUAAGUCUGAGUUUGUAAUAUGCUACAAGAUAAAAUCUUGAGUGAUAUUAAACUUGACUGCCACAUUUUAUUAAGAGGAAAUUGGAUUAUAUGGUGGGUGGGAGCUAGUCUAUGAUAUAUAUGUAAUCACUGUAUAAUUAGAAACACCAAAUGUUGAGUCCUAUCACUGUGUACUUGGGGGCCAGGCUUUGGAUAUGGUUGUCAUUUUAAUUCCUCAAAGACUAUAUGUCAUUAAGAUGAGCAGAAGGCAAAUAAAGUUUUUAAACAAAACUACUUUUGGGGGGUAUUUAAAUUUUCUUUCCCCAAAAAAAAUUUACUACAAAAAAACCUAGGGUUGAGACUGAGAAGCUUCAAGCCGCUUUUUAAGCAGUUCAGUCACUUACAAUAUUUUAUGUUAAAGAAAUUGUCAUAAUUCUUUCUGAGCCAAACUGUCACUAAAAUGUCCUGUGACAGAACCACUCCUCUUUUUUCUGCCAUUCUGUGUAUUGGAAGUGUUCUUAGUUGUAUUUGUUUUUAAUCCUUGAUUUUAAAAUAUUAAUGGUUUUAGUGUUGCUUAGCUUCAGUUUGAAGUGUAACUUUCACUAAUAACUGCAAUAAAAAGAAAAGCUUUGCUCCAAA